AUGCGUUUCCCGUCGCUCUUGACGCUUUCCGUCCUCUUCCUUGGGGCAACGGCCUUGCCCCUGAAUGACGCUCUCGACGCCGAGAUUCAUGAGCUGCUCAAGCGUGAAACGGCCGAGAAGAGCAACUGCCAGUUCAAGAGCCGACAUGGACCGGGACCCAAGCCGCCACUGCCGCCACUGCCUCCGACUCCUCCGGUGACCUGCGAUGACUUUUGGUUGGCGAGAAUUGACCACGAAGGCGUGGCCCCGUAUGCCCCAACGGCGGGCUAUCAAGUCUGGCGCAAUGUGAAGGACUUUGGUGCAGUUGGUGAUGGUAUUGCUGAUGACACGGCUGCCAUCAACGAGGCCAUCAGUUCCCAAGGCCGGUGCGGUCCAGGUUGCACUGGCAGCACCAUCACUCCUGGCCUCAUCUACUUCCCUCCCGGCACGUAUAGGGUGACCGCGCCCAUCACCGACUUCUACUACACCCAGCUGAUCGGAAAUCCGGGAUGCCCUCCCGUCAUCAAGGCUGACUUCAACUUUGUUGGUCGCUGGGUUCUUGAUACCAACCCAUACCAGGAUGGCGGUGUCCUCGCAUGGGGCGCCACCAACGUGUUCUGGCGCCAGGUCGCUCACUUUGUUUUCGACUUGACAGAUGUUGCCUUCGACACCGAGAUUGCCGCCAUUCACUGGCCCAGUUCGCAGGCCACCUCUCUUUCCAACGUCGAGUUCCGCCUUUCCGAGGCGCCAGGUACCCGUCACCAAGGUCUUUUUAUCGAGGAGGGUUCUGGCGGCUAUAUUGGCGAUCUCGUCUUCUACGGUGGUAACCAGGCCAUGAUUGUUGGUAACCAGCAAUUUACUUUCAAGAACAUCGCCAUCUACAACGCUCGGACUGCUAUCGAGCACUUUUGGUCUUGGGGCUGGACUUAUGUUGGAAUCAGUAUCACCAACUGUUCGACAGGAUGGGAUUUGACUUCAAACAACGGCACCUUUGUCAAUGUGGGCACCAUCACCAUCAUUGACAGCAGCAUCACCGACACGCCCAUCGGCAUCGCCUAUGCCUGGCCCAAUCCCAACCAGCCCAACGUUGGAAACACGUUGAUUGUUGAGAACCUUGACUUGGAGAAUGUUCCUGUGGCCGUCAGAGGCCCCUUUGGCACCGUUCUUCCUGGAACCACUUCCACCACCACCAGCCUUACCAUUCCCGCUUGGGGCCGCGGAAACAGCUACGACGAGAACAGCGGUCCCGUUUUCUUCCAGGGCACCUUCACUCCACCAACUCGUCCUUCUGCGCUGACAGCCCCCGGAGGAAGAUACUUCACCGCGUCCAAGCCGUACUACGAGGAUCAGCCUCUGUCUGCCUUCCUCACUGCUCGCGAAUUUGGCGCCAAGGGUGAUGGUUCCACCGACGACACCCGGGCUCUCAACCGUCUGUUUGAGGCAGCCGCGAAGAGAAGAAAGAUUGCGUACAUCAACGCCGGUAUGUACCGCGUGACCCGCACAGUGUUCAUCCCACCUGGAUCUCGCAUCUUUGGUGACUCUUCUUUCCCUGUCAUCCUGUCAUCCGGCCGCUACUUUGAGAAUCCAACACGUCCCCAGCCAGUGGUCCAAGUCGGCAACCGCCGUGGACCGGGAUCUGAAGGCCGCAUCCAGUGGUCCAACACCAUCGUUUCCACUCGCGGCAAGCAGCCCGGCGCCAUCCUGAUCGAGUACAACCUCGCCACCACCCGCGCGGGUCAGUACUCGGGCAUGUGGGACGUCCACACCCGCAUCGGUGGCUUCGCAGGCUCCGACCUCCAGCUCACCCAGUGCCCCAAGACGCCCGAGACCCCCAUCACCAGCGCCAACCUCGACGUCGACUGCGUGGCCGCCUUCAUGUCCAUGCACAUUACCCGCAACGCGGCGAACCUCUACCAGGAGAACAACUGGAUCUGGGUCGCCGACCACGACAUUGAAGAGCCGGCCAACAACCAGCAGAUCACCGUCUACGCCGGCCGCGGCCUCCUCGUCGAGGACACCCGCGGCCCGCUCUGGCUCGUCGCCUCGAGCGUGGAGCACCACCAGCUGUACGAAUACCAGUUCUACAAAGCGUCCACCAUCUUUGCUGGCCAGGUCCAGACCGAGACGGCCUACUACCAGCCCAACCCCGACGCCCGCCUCCCCUUCGCGCCUGACGCGCGCUACCACGACCCGGAGCUGCUCACCCCCGGUGAUUCCGGGUGGGGCGUCCGGGCGGUCGACACGACCGAUCUGUUCAUCUACGGCGCGGGCUUGUACAGCUUCUUUGACAACUACGACGUCAACUGCUCGCAGGUGGGGACCGGGACGAGGUGCCAGCAGAGGAUCUUGAGCCUGGAGCGGUCGAGGGCCACGAUUUACAACCUCAACACUGUGGGGACGGAGAACAUGGUGACGAUUGAUGGGGUGGAUCAGGCCAGCUAUUUGGAUAACUUGAAUGGGUUCAUCAGCAGUGUUGCUUUGGUGGAGACGAGGGAUUUGGUGGUUUAG